UUUACUAUUUGACAGGAAUAUCUGCAACGUUUCUAUCACCUGAAGAUGCAUAGUCGCAGUAAGAGGCAUGCAGAUCUAAUGAAGGAGAAGAUCAGAGCAAUGCAACUUUUCUUCGACCUGAAGGAGAGUGGUCUUCUGGAUCCGAAAACCCUGGAUGUCAUGAGAGAGGCAAGAUGUGGAGUACCUGAUGUGGAGAACUUCAGCUUUUAUCCUGGACAGCCUAAAUGGAAGAACAACACCAUCACAUACAGGAUUGCGAGAUAUACUCCUGAUCUCAGUCGGGAAGAGGUGGAGAACUCUUUGCGUUUGGCUCUGAAAAUAUGGAGUGACGCUACUGCUUUGAAGUUUGUCCAAGUAAACCAUGGCAUGGCAGAUAUUACAUUCUCCUUCAAUUCCAAAGAUCAUGGAGACUUCUUUCCUUUCGAUGGCCCGGGAGGGGUGCUAGCGCACGCUUUUGAGCCUGGAGAGGGCAUCGGAGGGGAUGUACACUUUGACAAUGAUGAAACAUGGACAGUGGGAAGCGGCAGACAAGGAUUCAAUCUGUUCACUGUGGCAGCACAUGAGCUCGGUCACUCUUUGGGUCUGUCUCACUCACGGGACCCCACUGCUCUCAUGUAUCCAAAGUACAAGUUCAUCAACUCCGCAACGUACAAAUUGCCAAGAGACGACACACUGGGAAUUCAGGCCCUGUAUGGAAAGAAAAUAAUACAACAGAAGACAUUCGUAAUCCCCAAUAAGUGUGAUCCAGACUUUUCUCUUGAUGCAGUGACAGUACUUGGAAAACAAAUUAUCUUCUUUAAAAACAGUUACAUGUGGAUGAGAACAAAUUGGAAGACAUAUUGGAACAAACUAAGAGAAGGACCUCAGACCGUUUUUCUACCAAGCAUCGCCUCACCUGUAGAUGCAGCCUAUGACAUUCCUGCUAAACGAGUGGUUUAUGUAUUCACAGGUCCUAAAUAUUGGGUAGUUCAAAAACUGCAGUCAAAGAGUUAUUAUGGUUCCAUCUAUGAGUUUGGGUUUCCAGAAACAGUAAAACAAAUAGAUGCUGCUGUUCAUGUCAGUGAACAUGGAAAGACCUAUUUUUUCACAGGCGACUACUAUUUCAGUUAUGAUGAGAAAAGAAGUGUGAUGGAUCCUGGAUUUCCAAGGAAAGUUAAUAAGGAUUGGCCCAGCAUUGUUGGGAAAGUGGAUGCAGCUUUUGAACUCGAUGGACGUGUUCACCUCUUCUGCAGAUCAAAGGCAUUUAUCUUCAGCCAUCAGAAAAGACGCUUGCUACACAUUAUGAACACUAAUGCCUGGUUUGGCUGUUAAGACUGCUGCUAAUGAGAAGAACUGUUCACAAGAAGUACAGGAAGGGAAUGUAUGAUCGACUAUUGUGCCUCUUAUCGAACGUUAAUGAAAGUUUGUGUAAAGUCAAU